GGCAGAUUGACCGAAGUGCACUGCUGAGGGGAGCAGCGGGUGAGUCAGGAGAGGUCUGCUGCGCCAUGUAGGUUGCUCUCUGGCCGGCUGGGGAUCAAACUUGUGCUGCAGGGGCUGCAGAUCACUUCAUAGUGUGGUGCUUAAUCCACUGCGCCACCAGGGAGGCCCUAUCUCACCUCCUUUGAAUGGGUGGCUCGGAAGUCGGAGAAGGGGAGAAGGGGGCAGGAAGCCACAGGGCAGCCUGCUCCUGCCAACUGCCCAGGGUUUGGAGAGAAGCCAGGCCGCCUGCCUCCUGAGGCUUGGGAAUAUGCCCGAAUAGAAGGAUGCUGCAGCCGCACCCCACCCCCCACGCCAGUGUUGAGAGGAGUUGCUCCUGGCAGUGCCCAGCAGGUGCCAGAGCACUGGGUGUGGACAACUCAUCUUUGUUGGAUUUUUGGCUCCCUUGACUUUACUUCUUUGGGCUGUUUCCUUAUCUGCAGAUGAGGGUUUUGUUGGACCAGGUGUCAAUAGUCUCUACUGGUCUUGCUUUCUGGGACUGGUAAGAAAACAGGGGAGACAGAGAGGGGAGGAAAGUGCAGGGUUGAAGUUCAGUCCAUGAAGAAGGGGUGGAAAGACUCUCCCCCUGACAUCUUGGAUGAGAUAUCAGAUAAGGAAACUGAGCUAGAAACGACUCACGUGAGGUCGUAUGGGUAGCAAGAAGGCAGGCUUAACUUCAUGUGCCAACUCGAGCAACAGGGCUGUCAGCGGCAUUGCUGGAGGAAGGCAUCCAUAAUCCAAGAGCAGUAUCUGCCACUGGCUUGGGGAGAGGAAAUGGCAGCAUGAAUGCCACACAUUUGCCAUACUUAAUAUUCAUUUGAAAAUUGCUAAUGAGAAGUAUUCAGUGGUAACUAAAAAAAAGACCUGCCCUCAGGAAGCGUACAUUCUAGGAGAGAUAGACAAUACGCAUGUAAACAAAUGACUAAAUAAUAUCAUAGCCACUAUCUCCUUGCUAAGUAGUAUGAGGACAAUAAAAUGGUGCAAUGGGGUAGACAGUGUUGGUAUGGGGGAGCAGGGAGGAGAUCAAAGUGAUCAAGGAGGUGACAUUUAAGCAGAAAGCUAAAUUCCGAGAAGAUGGAGCCUUGUGAAGAAUUGAAAGAAGAACAUUCAGGCAGAAGGAACUCCUCGUGCAAAGGUCCUGAGGUGGUGCCUUAAAAGGACAGAGAAGGGAGUAGAGGCACUCACAAGGUAAGGAGAGGGGUCAUUGAAGGAGGUGGCAACGGUGAAGCCAGAUGCUUAAUGAGCCCAUGUGGAUGUCUCACAGGCCUCCCAAAGUCAGCCUGUCCAAAUUCACCUCCUCAACUCCUGUCCUCCCUUCCCUCACAGCCGACUGGCUCCUCCCCAAGUCUUUCCUUCUCUUCCUGUAAAUGACCACCCAGCCGAUGACUUAGACCACAGUGCCACCACCCAGCCCUGGACCAUCAACCCUUGCUUGGGGUGCCCAUGCUGGCUUUCUUGCCUCCAGUGGUCCUUGACAGAAGCCCAAAACGCUCAAACCAAUCCCAUCAUCACUGCCCCCAAGCUGUCCUCUCCCUGUUUUAGCUUCCUUGCAACUAUCCCCAGCCCACAAACUAAAGGACACGUUUUUAAAUCAUCUUCUUAAAAGAGUUUUUGGAGUUGGCCACAGCCACAGACGUGUUUAGUCCCAAUUCAAUCCACCCAUAUUCUCUACUUGUCCCCAAACUGACAAUGUUUCCAGAGUGGUUUUGGGGGCUGGGGACCACUGGGGACUGGGCAUUAGUUAUUAUAGGGACCGUUUAUCAGCCACCUGCAGUGCUCCUGGCCCUGUCUCCAGGAGCAUCAUAAUUAGUCCUGCCAGGCAAGUAUGAUUAUUUGUCCCACUCUCAUUCCUAUGGAUCCUCAGACUCAGAAAUGUUCAGCUUCUUAUCAUAAGUCCCCCAGCUGGUAAGUGGCUGAGCCAGGAUUUGGACUCAGCUCUCUCUGAUGCCAAAGCCCAAACACUUGCUUCUACAUUAAGCGCCCUCCUAGAUAAAAUGAGCAAAGGAUGACAGGCUCAGUGAGUGGCACCUUGACCUUGACAUUUUCCCUUCAUUCCAAAUCAAAAUAAAGGUCGGAGCCUGCUCCCCAGGCUCCUUGGUAUCUCCCAGCCUGGAAAGAUAAGAGGGUAAGUAAGACUUUCUGCUGCCCCCUUCCCUGAAGAGAUGGAGGUGUUCUAGUCUUCCUUAUCUGGCCUUUCAGUCCCUGUUCUUCCACCUGCCUGGCUCUCACAUUCCCUCUGUUGCCAGGUGGUCACCUGCCUGCCCUGGGCUGGACUAGCCAGUAACCGGUGCCCUCCAGCUAGUUGGCCUCUUGAUCAGGAAGCAUUCCCGUGGGAACCAUGGUGCCAACAUCCGGUGAAGACGGGUCCUCCGUUACCUGCUGGCGCUACUGCUGCUGCUAUCAGGCACAAGGACAAAGGACCUUGGUGCCUUCCGCCCGGCAGGCUGUGUUUGUCCAGGGCGAGACUUUAACUGGCACAGAUGUUGAGUAAACAGGAGUGCCGGCCUCACAGAUCCGCCUUCCAACGAGCCGGGCUUUUGCUGGAAGGUGUUGCUUUCAGGCCAAUUGCUGAAAUACUACCCUGCCCAUCUCUGCAAGGUAGAGACCAUCAGGCAAGCACUGCUCCCUCUGGGCCUCAGGCUUUCCAGCUCUACAAUGGAGAGUUGCACAAAAGGAUCUCCAAGAUUCCGUCUCAGGUCUAAAGCUUUGAAAGACGUAGCUGGAAGUCUCCAGGGCUUUAGCACUGGAAGAAAACCCUCAUGGACACAAAAUGGGUGACAUCUGAGUUGGCUUGGACAUCUCAUCCAGAAAGUGGGUGGGAAGAGGUGAGUGGCUAUGACGAGGCCAUGAAUCCCAUCCGCACGUACCAGGUUUGUAACGUGCAAAAGUCAAAUCAGAACAACUGGCUGCGCACCGGGUUCAUCAGGCGGCGGGAUGUGCAGCGGGUCUAUGUGGAGCUCAAGUUCACUGUGCGUGACUGCAACAGCAUUCCCAACAUCCCCGGCUCCUGCAAGGAGACCUUCAACCUUUUCUACUAUGAAGCUGACAGUGAUGUGGCCUCGGCUUCCUCCCCCUUCUGGAUGGAGAACCCCUACGUGAAGGUGGACACCAUUGCGCCGGAUGAGAGCUUUUCGCGGCUGGAUGCUGGCCGGGUCAACAUCAAGGUGCGGAGCUUCGGGCCACUCUCCAAGGCCGGCUUCUACUUGGCCUUUCAGGACCAGGGCGCCUGCGUGUCGCUCAUCUCUGUGCGUGCCUUCUACAAGAAGUGUCCAUCCACCACCGCAGGCUUCGCGCUCUUCCCUGAGACCCUCACUGGGGCUGAGGCCACCUCGCUGGUCAUUGCCCCUGGCACCUGCAUCGCUAAUGCUGUGGAGGUGUCAGUGCCACUUAAGCUCUAUUGCAACGGCGACGGGGAAUGGAUGGUGCCUGUGGGUGCCUGUACCUGUGCCACUGGCCAUGAACCGGCUGCCAAGGAGUCCCAGUGUCGCCCCUGUCCCCCUGGGAGCUACAAGGCAAAGCAGGGAGAAGGGCCCUGCCUCCCCUGCCCCCCCAACAGCCGCACCACCUCCUCUGCCGCCAGCAUCUGCACCUGCCACAAUAACUUCUAUCGCGCAGAUUCGGAUUCUGCAGACAGUGCCUGUACCACGGUGCCAUCUCCACCCCGGGGUGUAAUCUCCAAUGUGAAUGAGACCUCACUAAUCCUUGAGUGGAGUGAACCCCGGGACCUGGGUGGCCGAGACGACCUCCUCUACAACGUCAUCUGCAAGAAGUGUCGUGGGGGCCCAGGGGCCGGGGGGACCUUGGUUUGCUCACGCUGUGAUGACAACGUGGAAUUUGUGCCUCGGCAGCUGGGCCUGACAGAGCGCCGGGUCCAUAUUAGCCAUCUGCUGGCUCACACACGCUACACCUUUGAGGUGCAGGCAGUCAACGGUGUCUCCGGCAAGAGCCCUCUGCCCCCCCGCUAUGCUGCUGUGAAUAUCACCACCAACCAGGCUGCCCCGUCUGAAGUGCCUACACUACACCUGCACAGCAGCUCAGGCAGCAGCCUGACCCUGUCCUGGGCCCCCCCAGAGCGGCCCAACGGAGUCAUCCUGGACUACGAGAUGAAGUACUUUGAGAAGAGUGAGGGCAUUGCCUCCACGGUGACCAGUCAGAAGAACUCCGUGCAGCUGGACGGACUGCGGCCUGACGCCCGCUAUGUGGUCCAGGUGCGCGCCCGCACGGUAGCCGGCUACGGGCAGUACAGCCACCCUGCUGAGUUUGAGACCACAAGCGAAGGAGGCUCUGGUACCCAGCAGCUCCAGGAGCAGCUUCCCCUCAUCGUGGGUUCUGCCACAGCUGGACUUGUCUUCGUGGCAGCUGUCGUGGUCAUCGCUAUCGUCUGCCUCAGGAAGCAGCGGCACCCACCUGAUACGGAGUACACAGAGAAGCUGCAGCAAUACAUUACUCCUGGAAUGAAGGUUUAUAUCGAUCCCUUUACCUACGAGGACCCUAAUGAGGCUGUGCGGGAGUUUGCCAAGGAGAUCGAUGUGUCCUGUGUCAAGAUCGAGGAGGUGAUUGGAGCGGGGGAGUUUGGGGAAGUGUGCCGGGGCCGCCUGAAACAGCCGGGUCGCCGGGAAGUAUUUGUGGCCAUCAAGACGCUGAAGGUGGGCUACACUGAGAGACAGCGGCGGGACUUCCUGAGUGAGGCCUCCAUCAUGGGUCAGUUUGACCACCCCAACAUAAUCCGCCUAGAGGGUGUGGUCACCAAAAGUCGGCCAGUCAUGAUCCUCACCGAGUUCAUGGAGAAUUGUGCCUUGGAUUCUUUCCUUAGGCUCAACGACGGACAGUUCACAGUCAUCCAGCUGGUGGGCAUGUUGCGAGGCAUUGCUGCUGGUAUGAAGUACCUGUCUGAAAUGAACUACGUUCACCGAGACCUGGCUGCCCGAAACAUUCUUGUCAACAGCAACCUGGUCUGCAAAGUGUCGGACUUCGGCCUCUCCCGCUUCCUGGAGGAUGACCCCUCUGAUCCUACCUACACCAGCUCCCUGGGCGGGAAGAUCCCCAUCCGCUGGACCGCCCCAGAGGCCAUAGCCUACCGGAAGUUCACCUCUGCUAGUGACGUUUGGAGCUACGGAAUCGUCAUGUGGGAGGUCAUGAGCUAUGGAGAGCGACCGUACUGGGAUAUGAGCAACCAGGAUGUCAUCAAUGCUGUGGAGCAGGAUUACCGGCUACCCCCACCCAUGGACUGCCCCACAGCACUGCACCAGCUCAUGCUGGACUGCUGGGUGCGGGACCGGAACCUCAGGCCCAAAUUCUCCCAGAUUGUCAACACCCUGGACAAGCUCAUCCGCAAUGCUGCCAGCCUCAAGGUCAUCGCCAGUGCCCAGUCUGGCAUGUCACAGCCCCUCCUGGACCGCACAGUUCCAGAUUACACGACCUUCACAACAGUUGGUGACUGGUUGGACGCCAUCAAGAUGGGGCGGUACAAGGAGAGCUUUGUCAGCGCGGGGUUUGCAUCUUUUGACCUGGUGGCCCAGAUGACCGCAGAAGACCUGCUCCGGAUCGGAGUCACUUUGGCUGGCCACCAGAAGAAGAUCCUGAGCAGUAUCCAGGACAUGAGGCUGCAGAUGAACCAGACGCUGCCUGUGCAGGUCUGACACCUGACUCCCACUGGGUGGGUGGCCCCCAAGGACUGCGCAGGGACUCCGACCAGCCAGCUGGACUUUU